UCGCCUAGCUCUUGACCUCUUGUGAUGCUCUGUGCUCUCACUCUCGAGUCUCGACGGUGGUGGCUCCCGUCGGGCUUUGGGCUUUGGCUUUUUACCUAGCCCCUGCAGUCCCUGCACUGCACUGCGCACAGGUCACCAAACUCGCCAGUCGCCACCGCACUGCGCUAGCUGCUCCCCACCACCGUGUGCCUCCCCUUCCCUUUCCUUCUUCAACGACGCCCUCAAAGGCUUCCCACUCGCUGCCCACUGCUAGCCACCAACCGAAGAGCACCGGCACCGGCAUCGCAAGAGGAGUAGACAGUAGAGUAGUGGGAGGACACGAGAGCUCAUCAGGACCGGAGGGGAAGAGGAGAUGGGUGCAACGGCGACGACGACGCCGUGCAACGUCCUGGGGCGUUCCCGCCCGUUCCUCGCGCUGUUGCUCUGCUUCCAGCUCCUGCACACAUCGCAGGCCUUCGAGCUGCGCGGCGGCCACAAGGAGGAAAAGGUCCCGCUGGCCGUCAUCGUCCCGGACCCCUCGCCGGAGCUGUCCGGCAGCAACCUGCCCCCGGCGCCGCUCGCCGCGCCGCCGCCGGUGUUCGGCGGCGGCGGGGACGACAUGAGGCCCAGGCUGCCGACGGAGCGCUGGCGCCGGGGCAGGGGCGAGGUCAGGCGUAGCGCCGCGCACCCCCCGGCGGCCGCCGCGGCUUCCUCCCACGACGCGCGCGCCCCAAGGACGGCGCCAUCGGCGAGCCCUGGCCCCGCGCGCGCCGGCGCACCGGCCCGAGCCCCCAUCGCCGGGGCCGAGGCGCCCGCGCCGGCGCCGGACUCCGGGAGCGGCGGCUCGGCGUUCAUCAAGAGCAGCCCGGCCGUGCCGGUCCCGCGCGGCGUCACGGACACCGCCACCAUCCUGCCCAUGCCGGCACCCGGCGAGAAGCGGCAGGAAGUGGGAGCAGCCACUUCGGUUCGAGCCGGAUUGGUGCCGCUGCUGCUUGGGCUCAUCGUCAUGAUGGCGUCUUUUGGGCUUUAAGCUCUGGUAGAUCCGUAGAUGCAUGCAUGCGGCUUGAACUUUAAAGUAGUCCUACCUAGCACUGUAGUAGAGAUAAAGCUUCUUCCUUUCUUCUCUCUCGUUCUUGCUUUCUGCGGCGGCUAAAUCCUCUGUAAACAAAGCUCGUCUUCCUUUUUAUCUGCCACGCACGUUAUUGUCAUC